CUGACAGAAACUGAACAUUCUCUGGCUCUCCUCCGUUCACAAUUACAAAUCUGAUCAGAGCUCCCCGUCUCGCGCAGCGACCUCGUUCCUCGCGGCGCGGAACGUUUGCGUCCUGCUCCUCUUUAAUUAUUCGGAAAGUGUUAUAAUACAAGGACAUAUUCUGUGAUAGGAGUCCACUGCCGCGAGCAUGAACUCGACAAGAAAUUACAAACCAAACAUGGUCAUUCUGAUUCUGGCCGUAUUUGCUGGCGUGUGGAUGGCACGAGGGCAAGGUUCUUAUAUGGAUGGGAGGUUAGCAGUCACCCAAAGAGGAGGUCAGGUGGAAGCAGAGGAUGGGUCCAAUCCAUAUCACACCACACAGGACACAGACAGAGACCUUCCGCUGUUCACGACGGCUCCCCCUUACAGUGGCCUCGACCACCAUCCACCUUUUAAGCCCUACCCGCCUUAUGACCCCCGGGGCCAAAGCCACGAGCAGUAUUUUCAAGACAGCGGAGGGGCAGCUCACCAUCCCACAAUGCCAUCGUCUAAUUCCCAUCUCCUUCAGGAUCCGUCCACACACCUGGUCCCACACGAGGAUGUGCCUCCAUUCUCUGAUGUAGCAGCUCCCAGAACCACCACACUGGCCCCAUCGGCUGCAUCCCUCACCCAGCCACACGUGCCCAAAAUCCAACACAAACCUUCUUCAGAGACGCAGAGGAGAAGCACGGAGGAACCACCCCUGCCCGUGACCGUAACGUCACUGACCACCACUGAUGUGCACACAUCCGCACCGCCUGCUUCCAAACUGUCAGAGAGAGGAGAUGUCACUCCGACCUUAAACAACGAGCCCAAAGAUGGAACAAUCCCAGUGAAAAGAGACAAAGAAAAGUCUUCAAUACUCAAGGCAGAACCUGGCACUCCAGGAAGUGAUGUUGCUGUAAAAGCAUCAUCAGUGUCUGGGGAUUUGGAUGACGAGACCACCACCUCCACCAUCAUCACCACAACGGUUAUUACGACCAUGCAGACGCCAGCUCCGUGCAGCACCAAUUUCACAUCGCCGGGAGGCUACAUAGAGACACCGCAGCAAGCCAGGAGUUGGUACAAUACGGAUGUGGACUGCACAUACACCGUGACAGUCUACAUGGGCUAUGGGGUGGAAAUUCAGGUGAUGAACGUGAGCCUGGCUGAGGGCGACGUGGUCAGAUUUGAAGACCUGGGUGGCCGGGAGCCUUCUGUCCUAGCCAACGAGUCCAUCUUACUGAAAGGUCUGGUGGUACGCAGCUGGAGCAACCAAAUCUCCAUCCACUUCCGCAGCCGGCAACCGCAGUCCAGCUCCUUGCUGCUGCGUUACCAAGCAUUUGUGUUGAGUUGCAACUUUCCUGAUAGACCAGCGUAUGGGGACGUGUCUGUCACCAGUCUGCAUGCAGGGGGAGAGGCCUAUUUCUACUGCUUCAAUGGAUACCAACUCCAGGGUCCCUCCACCCUCACGUGCCGCAAUGCCACCACACCCUACUGGAGCGGCAAAGUGCCCCGCUGUCUUGUGGCCUGCGGUGGAAUGGUGAAGAACGCGACUCUCGGCCGCAUUGUGUCCCCUGGUUUCCCUGGCAACUACAGCAACAACCUGACCUGCCACUGGGUGCUGGAGGCCCCUGAGGGUCAACGGCUGCACGUGCACUUCGAGAAGGUGGCCCUCGCGGAAGACGAUGACAGGUUUCUGAUUAAAAACGGCAACCACAUUGAUUCGCCAAUUUUGUACGACUCGUACGAGGUGGAAUACCUUCCUAACGAGGGAAUCGUUAGUUCCGCCAGACAUCUCUUUGUGGAGUUUACGACGGAUGGUUUCGGCACCAACACGGGAGUAGCCAUCAGAUAUGAAGCUUUUGCAGCAGGGCACUGCUACGAGCCAUUCGUCAAGUACGGCAACUUCACCACCACUGACAGCACCUACGCUGUGGGCACGGUCGUGGAGUUCACCUGUGACCCCGGAUACACCCUGGAGCAAGGCUCUGUUAUCAUCGAGUGCAUGGAUCCCAGCAACCCUCAAUGGAAUGAGACUGAGCCCGCCUGCAGAGCGGUUUGCAGUGGAGAGAUCACGGAUUCAGCUGGGGUGGUGUUGUCUCCAAACUGGCCUGAGGCCUAUGAUAAGGGUCAGGAUUGCAUCUGGGGGAUCCAUGUUGAAGAAGACAAGAGGAUCAUGCUAGACAUCCAAGUUCUCCACAUGGGAAAGAACGACCUGCUGACAUUUUACGAUGGAGAUGACCUGACUGCAAAGAUACUGGGCCAGUACAGCGGUUCCCGUCCUCGCUUCAAACUCUACACCUCCAUGGCUGAUGUGACCAUCCAGUUCCAGUCGGACCCUGCUACCAACAUCUACGGCUACAACAACGGUUUUGUGGUGCACUUUUUCGAGGUUCCCCGUAAUGACACCUGUCCAGAGCUUCCGGAGAUCUCCAACGGCUGGAAGACCACAUCUCACCCUGACCUGGUGCACGGCACGGUGGUGACCUAUCAGUGUUACCCAGGCUUUGAGGUGGUGGGCACCGAAAUGCUCAUGUGUCAGUGGGACCUGACCUGGAGUGGAGACUUGCCUAGCUGUGAAAGAGUCCUGUCAUGCCCAGACCCAGGCACGGUGGAGCACAGUCGCAGGGUGAUGUCAGGCCCGCGUCUCAUUGUGGGUUCUACUGUCCAGUACAUCUGUAACAAAGGCUACUCGCUGUCAGGAAACAGCCUGCUCUCCUGCUACCACCGUGACUCCACCGGCCCCAAAUGGAGCGAGAAACUGCCCAAAUGCAUUCCUGAUUCAUAUGAGCCGUGUAGGAACCCCGGCACUCCUCCCUAUACCAUUCAGAGCUCGGAGAAGCAUGUGUAUCAGGCUGGAGAAACUGUGCGCUUCUCCUGCAUGAGUGGGUAUGAACUCCAGGGUGAGCCUGUUCUCCGCUGUGUCCCCGGGCAUCCUUCCAAAUGGAGCCAUCCACCCCCGUUGUGCAAAGCGGUAACACUGGAGUACAUAGAUGAGCACAGACUGGAUGUGGCCAGUGCAGACUUCAGUAUGGAGGGAGCCAGUGUGGCUGUUUCCAUUUUUAUCCCAGUGGCCGUAAUCAUAAUUAUCAUCAUGUCAAUAUAUUUCUACUUUUCAAGAGUGCAAGGCAAGUCUCUACGUCUCUCCAUGUCCACAUCACCACAAUACGAUCACAUCAGAGGAGAGUCAGCUUUUGAAAACCCCAUCUACGAGACUGCAAGACCUAUGAUUCAAAGCAGCCACCAGAGGUACUCUCUAGGAUUCUGUUGUAAAGAAAGAGCCUGUAAGGAGAGUUGAUCAAUGGAAUAGCAUCACAUGGACAAGGCCGAGAAGGACACGAGAGAAUACGAAGUCUCCAUUUAAGCUUGUUUUAACACGGAGGACCGCAAGCCUUUCUCUGCCUUGUGGAAGAUCUCUCAGUUCCUUUCACAUCUUGUGUAGCCAACUCUGCUGUUAAUCUCACCUACCUUCUCAUCUUUUCCCAUCUGUUGUAAAUAUCACCUUGCUUCUGAGGACUUUCCGCAAGCGAAGAGUGUGGACAACAUGAUAUUAUUUUUGUAGAGCUUCAAUAGCCAUGGCCUAGCAGAAUUGCUUGUACAGUUUUUACCCGUAAUUGAGCCAAAUUAAGGAAUUCAAAAAAUAAAUAAAUUUAAAAAAAAGACAUAAUAGGGGAGUCUGUUAUUUAGGUGAUUGAUGUCUCUCUAAAAAUAUUUUUUUCAUUUAUUUGUUUUUUUAAGUGUCGCACUUUUGCACUCACAACCCCUCCUUCCCCCUCCCUCUCCAAAAAAAUUCACAUGUAAAGUUACAUUGUGAGAUUUAAAUAAAUCACAAGUACAGGAAAUAGUUGCAGUUGUGAAAUAUAAACAAAAUUAUAUAAAUUCACAUUGAAAUAUAAAGCAAUUGAACAAAAUACAAAUAAAGUUGCAAUGACCUGUUAAUUUUCAGGCAGAAAUGGGUUUCCAUAGCAAUGACAAACUACCAUUUAAAAGUUUGGAGUUUGUACGUUUUUUUUUUCAUGUUUUUAAAAGAAGACUUUUAAUGCUUACCAAGACUGCAUUUAUUUUUUUGAAAAAUACAUUAAAAACAGUAAUAUUGUAAAAUUUUAUUGCAUUUUCUAGUUGAAUAUAUUUUAACAUUUAAUUUAUUCCUGUGAUGGUAAAGCUUUUUUUCAGCAUCCGUUUUCAGCAUUCAUUGCUCCAAUCUUCAGUGUCACUUGAUCUUUCAGAAAUCAUUCUAAUAUGCUGAUCAGAUACUCAAGAAACUUUCUUUCUUAUUAUUAUCGAUGCUAAAAACAGUUGAGCUGCUCAUAUAUUGUGGAAAGCCUGAUAAUUGUUUUUCAGGAUUCUAUGACGAAUAAAAUGUUCAAAAGAACAGCAUUUAUUUGCAAUAGAAUUUUCCCACAAUGUAAAAGUAUUGUUACUUUUACUUUUGAGCUGUUUAAUGCAUCCUUUCUGAAUAAAUAUAUUAAUUUAUUUUAAAAAAAUCUGACUGACUCCAAACUUUUAUUGUAUCUGGAGUUAUUAUCCAAAUGAACUAGUCACAAAUGUAAUCAUAACAUUUCACAGCUGAACACCUCCAUGCAGGGAAAAAUAAACAUUCUUUAAAACAAUUAUGUAAAACUCAGCAACCAUUGAACAAUUAAACAUAUGCAUGGUUUACAGUUUUUUAUUAUUUUAAUUUUCCACGCCAUGAAAAUGAAAUGUGUUACUUACAAAAGCUGUGAUUAUAAACCUUCAAAUAACAUCUGCCAGUUUCAUGAAGUGUAGUAUUUUGCAUGGAAACUGGUACAUCUUGUAUCCAGUAAUGUGAAGUGGGUCCCUGUUUCAUUGGGGUGGACUCAAGCCUUUAUGUUAACCUUGCUUAUGACUUGCCUGUGUGUACAGUCAAACAAAAGUCUGCUGGGGAAGUAAUCUUUAUCUGUGUUAAAUUUCAGCUUUGGUUGAUUUAGCCAAAAGUAAGAAUCUAUGUACAUAAAGUUCUUGUAAAUCAUCCCUCCUUCACUGAUCAAUUGGCUCUGAUUUUUUGGUUUCCGUUUAUUUUUGUAUGUUUUUAUACAUAUUAUGGAACAAAAUAACAACUGACUGUACUCUUUCAGCAGGCACUCUUAAUAUAUAAAUAUCUAAGAAUGUACAUAAAAUUUGUAUUAGAUAUGGCUUAAAUGUAUGUAUAUAUGAGGUUUAUCUAUUAUAGAAUAGAUAUUUGUUCAUCAUUUCACACUGUCUGUUAAUAUCAAUUAUAUGGAUCAUCUGAAACAGUUAUGUACUUGGUCCCCAUAUGAAUGUUGUCUGUACUGACUGAAAUAUUGUCAUUUCAAUGUAAUUAGCAAAAGCUGCCAAAAACAUCACAAUUGGUCACAUGCCAGACUUGCAUCUUGAGUGUAUGUUUCAGUGUUUCACUGUCUCCAACUAAACAACAGAGUUUGGGAACCUAAGAAACAACAUUUACUGGAAGUCAAGGAACUCUAGUACAUUUGUUCAGAGCAACAUCAAUAACUCUGAUAUAGUUACAGGCGUUACAUUCAUAUUAAAUUACCCAAAGCAACUUAUCAAUGAGGAAUACAGCAUGAGCAGUUAAGUAAUAUGAUAAGUGCUGUAACAGACAUUACAAGUAUAAAAACUGUGCAGUUUGAGUUUUUUUAUUUUAUUAUUAUUAUUAUUUCAUUUUAAUUAUUUUUUGAAGGAUUCAUUAAAUCGCUCACAGAAGGAAUCUGUCUUAAAAGUUGCAAGGGACUUGGCUGUUUAGGAUUAUCAUGGUCCAAAAUGAUAUAUUUUUACUUCGUUGUACUGUACUGUAAUUAUUUACCACAACAUUGUCAUAGCGUCUUCAAUUAAAAAUGA